UUAUGAAAGUUGUAUUAUAUUAGAUGAAAACUGUAAUCAAGAGAUUUACAAUGAGGCCUGUAAAAAGAUUUAAGGCAAGCCAUGACGGUCCAGUAAGUCCGAGGGCAAAAGAAGACGUAGAAGUCGAGAACUGUCAAGAUGAGAACAUUGACAAAAUUGUGAAAUCUGUAGAAGUAACAGAAAAUGAAACAGAGGACGAUGACAAACUUGUAGGACCACCUAAAAUUCCUUUAACCACUGAUAUUGCCAAAGAACUCUUAAAACUGGAGCGCUCCCUUGCAGAACAGCUUAGCAAGAUUCAAUUCCAAAAGCCAGUAGAGUAUGUCUACUCUCCCCUUGAAUAUGCUUUUAAUAUACAUUCCAUGUACGUUGAAAAAUAUUGCCAAAAUCCAAAAAAGAUUCUCUUCCUUGGUAUUAACCCUGGACCAUGGGGUAUGUCUCAGAAUGGUGUACCAUUCGGAGAAAUAAGUAUGGUUCGGAAGUGGUUAGGUAUUUCUGGCGAUGUAGGAAAACCAGAGCGUGAACAGCCUGAUCGGCUGGUUAAAGGUUUUGCUUGCACUCGCAGCGAAGUAAGUGGAAAAAGAUUCUGGUGUUUGUUCCAAGAACUGUGUGAAAAACCAGAAAAUUUCUUUCUUCACGCAUAUCUCCGUAACUAUUGUCCGAUUGCGCUCAUGGAUGUCAAAGGACGUAAUAUUACCCCUGCUGAUUUAAAGGAAAAUGAGCAAAAAAUGGUUCAACGCAUAUGUGACAAAACUCUUGUCGAUACCAUCAAACUUUUAAAAAUUGAAACUGUCAUUGGCAUUGGUCGUUUCGCAGAGAAGAGAGCACAAUUGGCAGUUCAAGCUGCUGGUCUCAAAACAAAGGUAACUUUUAUUCCUCACCCCAGCCCAAGGGCAGUGGGCAAUGCAAACUGGAAUGACAAAGCUGUGAAAAGACUGCAAGAAAUCAAUCUUCUGCGUUAUUUCACCAAGUAAUUAAUUUCCAUACACAAGAUAUUAAUAAGAUGUAAAUCAUACUUAUGUUUAUGCCUAAUUAUUUCAAAGUUUUACUAGCUUUCUUAAGUUCUUUAUGAUAAUUAUAAGGAAAGAAUCACAGUUGAAGCAUAAAAAAAGCAUAAGACCCAACUGACAAAACGUAACUUUAAAGGGACUAAGAAUUUAUUUUCAUUAAUGUGUUGAGUACAUUCAUUACGUUUAUUUUUAA